AUGCAAAAUGCCCCAAAUUUCCUCUCUCAUCUCCAGUCAAGUAGCCAUCAGACUGACGAGCAAAGCGGAAGGAAGCAAUCGCGCUCACCGGAAUCAUGUUUCUUCAAAGGGCAUGGAGGCAAGUUGCUUUCGGGGUAUACGGAUUCACCCAAUUCACCAAAUCUGGUUUUCAAGAACAUUCGAAGAAGUUCAAGGCGGAGGAUAUGGGGGUUCAAAUGGAAGGGAAGAAUUGUUUGGUGACAGGAGGAAAUUCCGGCAUUGGUUUUGCUACAGCUGAGGGUCUUGCUUCACGUGGUGCUACUGUGUACAUUGUCUGCCGGAACAAAGAGAAGGGAGAAGCUGCCCUCUCAAAGAUUCAAGCAAACACUGGAAACAAAAAUAUACAUCUAGAGAUCUGUGAUCUUUCUUCUAUCAGAGAAAUAAAAUCUUUUGCAUCCAGAUUUUCUUCCGAGAACAAACCAAUUCAUGUUUUAGUUAAUAAUGCUGGACUACUUGAGAACAACAGAGUGACCACAGCAGAAGGAUUGGAGCUAAAUUUUGCGGUUAAUGUAGCGGGAACUUUCGCUAUGACUGAAUUAAUGAUGCCGUUGCUGGAGAAAGCUGCGCCUGAUGCUCGAGUUAUUACAGUUUCUUCUGGUGGAAUGUACAUAACUCCUCUGUCUAAGGAUCUACAGUAUAGUGAGCCAAAUUUUGAUGGAGUAACGCAAUAUGCUCGGAACAAGAGAAUUCAGGUUGCAUUAACAGAAAAAUGGUCUCAAAUUUACGGCGAAAAAGAGAUCGGUUUCUAUACGAUGCACCCAGGUUGGGCUCAAACACCCGGUGUGGCUAAAAGUCUGCCCACCUUCUCCGAAAAGUUAGCUGGGAAGCUUAGAACAAGUGAGGAGGGAGCAGACACAGUUGUCUGGUUGGCAUUGCAGCCCAAAGAGAAAUUGGUUUCAGGAGCUUUCUAUUUCGACCGAGCCGAAGCACCGAAGCAUCUCGCACUCGCAGGGACGGCGAAUUCCCAUUCGUUCAUCGACGCCAUUGCCGACGAGCUUAGAGUUAUUUGCAGCCUGCCUUUAUCAGCUGAAGUUUCUGUCAAAUGAUAAAAAUUGCAAGCUUUUUGCUACUUUGCUUGUUGCAUUAUGGAGAUUUUCAUGCAUGUUGUAGCGUGGAAGUUGGAUUUGUUGUGUGCUAACAUGUUGGAGAAAUAAUU